AUGCCAAAAUAUAACCUUGAGUUACAACCAGCUGAGUUGUUGACGCUGAACCUUGAAUUACUACUCACAGGGACUAACAGCUCAUACGUACGCAAUAGUGAGGUGCCUAUCCCGACUGUCAUCAAAGACCUUGAACUCUGCAUUCAGAGUUUAAAGGUGAGGGAAAUCCCUGAGGAACAACAGUCAGAGCAGAGAAAUAACAUUAGGGCAGAAGCCAUUAACAUCAUCAGGAACUUUUACUUGAAACCGAGGUCCAACAACCGCAGUCAGCGCGACCAAGAUGCGAUAGCCACUAAGAAAUUUCUAAAGGAGAAUAGAGAUUUGAUCAUAGCGCGGUCGGAUGAAGGGAAUGCCACUGUGUUAAUGCACAGGGAAGAAUAUCUGCAGGUCAUGAAAAGGAUGCUGGCAGACGAGAGUACUUACCAACGCAUUGAGAAAGAUCCAACCUUCAAGCUCGAAAGGACAGCGAACGAGUUAGUAGAUAGACUUCAGCGCGAGGGGGUGAUUAGUGAGGAGACAGCGAAGGCCUUGAAGAGUCACAAUUCAACGACCCCAAGGAUGUAUGCCCUGAGAAAAAUACAUAAACCAGGGUGCAACCUACGACCUGUUGUUAGCUGUAUAAAAGCCCCUACGUACAAGGUAGCUAGGUUUUUACAUGAGCUAUUAGUCCCUGUGAGUAGUAAUUCAAGGUUCAGCGUCAACUCAGCUGAGUUCACUACGUUUGCCGGUGGGGUCCAACUACCGCAAGGUUAUAUUUUGGCAUCCCUAGAUGUAGUGUCUCUCUUCACAAACAUCCCUAAAGAUCUAGUGGUGAAGAUUGUGGAGGACAAAUGGGAGGAAUGGUCCACACGUGUGCGUGCUUCGAAAGAGCUUGUGGUGGCGCUGGUAAAGUUUUGCUUCGAAGGUAGUUACUUCACUUUCGAUAAUGAACUUUACGCUCAAAUGGAUGGCAGCAGCAUGGGCAACCCGGCUAGCCCGGUUCUGGGAGGUAUCGUCAUGGAUUACGUCAUCUCAGAGGUCCUGGAUAAGCUUCCGUGCAACAUUCCAUGGCUGAAACUCUACGUAGACGAUACUGUGUUGCCAGUUCCGGAGGACUCUAUUGAUAUGGUACUACAGUGUUUCAAUCCCAUCCAUGAUCGGAUCCAGUUUACUGUGGAAAGAGAGGUGGAGAGAUCCAUCAGUUUUUUGGAUGUAAAGAUACAUCGGAUGAAUGACGGGAGCCUGAAGCUCAAUUGGUACCAAAAACCCACAAGUUCUGGGAGAGUUAUCAACUACGAGUCGAACCAUCUGACGGCGCACAAAGUUGGUGUGGUAUUCGGCAUGUUACACCGAGCGAUUGGACUCAAUCACGAGGACUUUCAUGAGGCUAAUAUUGACCGAGUGAAAGACACUUGA